AUGGGGCUAAACGAAUUGUUUGCCUUUUUUUCUCUUCAUCGUCUUCUCUUUUCUCCCCGCUCUCCACAUAUCUGUCUACCUCUCUCGGGGUUGCUUCCGUCCUCAUCGUGCCUGCACCUUCAGGUUCCUGUCGAUGACCUCUAUGAGGCCAGUCAGGCUCUCAUUAAAGCGCUUCUCUUGCGCCAGAAGUACAUGAACUUGUCACGCCAGCACUACCACCGCACCACAGCACGCUACCUCAGCAUGCUGGUCAACAACGAGCCAUUCUAUCAGCUAGACAACCAAGAUCGUAUCUACAAUCUGGUGCACAGUCCGGCGUAUGCUUCAUCGGGACUCAGACGCACUUUAUUGCUUUUGAAGUACCUUUCAUUUCUUUUGAAGAGGAGAGUAGAAGGCCCUAGUAAGUUGGCCUCACCGGAAGCUGUAGAGGUAUUGCCUUGGAGCUGCGAUUGA